AGAACGGGUUAUCUGGGACUUCAUUUCAUUUGGGUCACUUGAGGCUCAACCGAUGCCCAGGAGAGAGGCCAACGCGUCAUCACUUAUCCGUUCGUUACCUUUUCUCUACAGCCUUCCUCAGCCACCAGGGCAGGCGCCUGCUCCUGGUUACCGUGGCAACCGAGAGGAGCCCUAGCCAGUUCUGCUACUGCACUGACUUCUGCAGCCCUAGCUGAGAUGCAGCGCUGAGGACCGACAGACGGUGAUAGACCCCUAAUUCUUUAUCUCUUCCUCGCUGCUCUGGACCCCGAGAGAACGAGGGAAGGCAUAAGGAUGAAAGGAGGGUGCCUUGGGGCCUCCGGAUGAGAGCCUUUGCUGGGAUUCUAGCUGGAAGGUGGAGCCGCCACACUUAGGAUGCACGCAGCUACAGCAUCAGCACCUGUGUCCUGAGGACCAGCCAAUCUGGGCAGGCAAGCUCUCACCGGCCAGGCAGAUGCGGAUGUGAAGCCCCGGUCCGUCGACUUUCUCAAGUGCUCUGUCACAGCGAAGGAAGGCUAACGCCAUGGCAGGACUAAGGUGACAGUGCCAGGUGAUCAGCAGCCACCGCCCCCUCAGGGUCGUGCCAAGAGCAGGAGAGCAUGGAGGAGAGGAAGCAGGAGACAACGAACCAAGCUCACGUCCUCUUUGACCGGUUUGUCCAGGCCACGACCUGCAAGGGGACCCUCAGGGCCUUCCAGGAGCUCUGUGACCACCUGGAGCUGAAGCCCAAAGACUACCGCUCCUUCUACCCCAAGCUCAAGUCCAAGCUCAACUACUGGAAGGCCAAAGCCCUCUGGGCCAAGCUGGACAAGCGGGGCAGUCACAAAGACUACAAAAAGGGAAAAGCAUGCACCAACACAAAGUGUCUCAUCAUUGGAGCUGGCCCCUGUGGUCUUCGCACAGCCAUCGACUUGUCCUUGCUGGGAGCCAAGGUAGUUGUUAUCGAGAAGCGUGAUGCCUUCUCCCGAAACAAUGUCUUGCAUCUGUGGCCCUUCACCAUACACGAUCUUCGAGGGCUGGGUGCCAAGAAAUUCUAUGGCAAGUUCUGUGCUGGAGCCAUCGACCACAUCAGUAUCCGUCAGCUCCAGCUAAUCCUCUUGAAAGUAGCUUUGAUCUUAGGCAUUGAAAUCCAUGUGAAUGUGGAAUUCCAAGGACUUGUUCAGCCUCCCGAGGACCAAGAGAAUGAACGGAUAGGAUGGAGAGCAUUGGUGCACCCCAAAACUCAUCCUGUAUCAGAAUACGAAUUUGAAGUGAUCAUUGGUGGGGAUGGGCGUAGGAACACCCUGGAAGGAUUUCGUCGGAAAGAAUUUCGGGGCAAGCUAGCCAUUGCCAUUACGGCAAAUUUCAUUAACCGAAACACAACCGCAGAGGCCAAAGUAGAGGAGAUCAGUGGUGUGGCUUUUAUAUUCAACCAAAAGUUUUUCCAGGAGCUGAGAGAAGCCACAGGUAUUGACUUAGAGAACAUCGUCUACUACAAAGAUGACACACACUACUUUGUCAUGACGGCCAAAAAGCAGAGUUUACUGGACAAAGGGGUGAUACUGCAUGACUACACAGACACGGAGCUGUUGCUUUCCCGGGAGAAUGUGGACCAGGAGGCCCUGCUGAACUAUGCCCGGGAGGCUGCAGACUUCUCUACCCAGCAACAACUGCCUUCUCUGGAUUUUGCCAUCAAUCACUACGGGCAGCCUGAUGUGGCCAUGUUUGACUUUACCUGUAUGUACGCCUCUGAAAAUGCAGCCUUGGUACGGGAACAAAAUGGACACCAGUUACUAGUAGCUCUGGUUGGGGACAGCCUUCUGGAGCCCUUCUGGCCAAUGGGAACAGGAAUAGCCCGGGGCUUUCUGGCUGCUAUGGACUCUGCCUGGAUGGUACGAAGCUGGUCUCUGGGCACCAGCCCCUUGGAAGUCCUGGCAGAGAGGGAAAGCAUUUAUAGGUUGUUGCCUCAGACCACCCCUGAGAAUGUGAGCAAAAACUUCAGCCAAUAUAGCAUCGACCCUGUCACUAGGUAUCCCAAUAUCAACAUCAACUUCCUCCGGCCAAGCCAGGUGCGCCAUUUAUACGAUAGUGGAGAGACAAAAGAUAUUCAUCUGGAAAUGGAGAGCCUGGUGAAUUCCCGAACCACUCCCAAGCUGACUCGGAAUGAGUCCGUAGCUCGUUCAAGCAAACUGCUGGGAUGGUGCCAAAGGCAGACAGACGGCUAUGCAGGGGUAAAUGUGACAGAUCUCACCACGUCUUGGAAAAGCGGCCUGGCCCUGUGUGCAAUCAUCCACAGAUACCGCCCUGAUCUGAUAGACUUUGAUUCUUUGGAUGAGCAGAAUGUGGAGAAGAAUAACCAGCUGGCCUUUGACAUUGCUGAGAAGGAGCUGGGCAUCUCUCCCAUCAUGACAGGCAAGGAGAUGGCUUCAGUGGCAGAGCCCGACAAGCUGUCCAUGGUGAUGUACCUCACGCAGUUCUACGAGAUGUUCAAGGACUCACUGUCCUCCAGCGACACAUUGGACCUGAAUGCAGAGGAGAAAGCCGUCCUGAUAGCCAGCACCAAAUCCCCCAUCUCCUUCCUGAGCAAGCUUGGACAGACCAUCUCUCGGAAGCGUUCUCCCAAGGAUAAAAAGGAAAAGGAUUCGGAUGGGGCUGGAAAGAGGAGAAAAACCAGUCAGUCAGAGGAGGAGGAGCCUCCCCGGAGCUACCGAGGAGAGAGGCCCACGCUGGUGAGCACCCUGACGGACAGGCGAAUGGAUGCUGCCAUUGGGAACCAGAACAAAGUAAAGUAUAUGGCAACCCAGCUGCUGGCGAAGUUCGAAGAGAAUGCACCUGCGCAGUCCACCGGUAUAAGGAGACAGGGCUCCAUAAAGAAAGAGUUCCCACAGAACUUGGGGGGCAGUGACACAUGCUACUUCUGCCAAAAGCGAGUCUACGUGAUGGAGAGGCUGAGCGCCGAGGGCAAGUUCUUCCAUCGAAGCUGCUUCAAGUGCGAAUACUGCGCCACCACGCUGCGCCUCUCCGCGUACGCCUACGACAUAGAGGGCGGCAAAUUCUACUGUAAGCCGCACUACUGUUACCGACUGUCUGGCUCUGCGCAAAGGAAGAGGCCAGCAGUGGCCGCUCUGUCUGGAAAGGACGCCAAAGGACCCCUGCAGGAUGCCCCCGCUGCAGAUGCAAAUGGACUGGCCAGCGUUGCCGCCAGCGCAGCUGAGAGAACGCCAGGUUCCAGCAUGAAUGGCCUGGAGGAACCCAGCAUUGCCAAGAGGCUGAGAGGCACCCCUGAGAGGAUCGAGCUGGAGAACUACCGCCCAUCUGUGAGGCAGGUAGAGGAGCUGGAGGAGGUGCCCGAAGAGACACAGGCCGAGCAUAACCUGAGCAGUGUACUAGACAAGGGCACCGAAGAGGAUGCGGCCAGCAGCAGUUCCGAGUCGGAGAUGGAGGAGGAGGAAGAGGAGGAUGAGGACGAUCAGCUCCCCACCUCCGAUCUGGGCGGGGUUCCCUGGAAGGAGGCAGUAAGGAUUCAUGCCCUCCUGAAGGGAAGGAGUGAAGAGGAGCUAGAGGCCUCCAAGAACUUCGAGCCUGAGGAAGAUGAGGAAGAGGAGGAGGAAUAUGAAGAGGAGGAGGAGGAGGAAGAAUAUGACGAAGAGGAAGAGGAGGAGUCCAGUGAAGCCGGGAACAACAGGCUGCAGCAGAUCAUAACCGCAGCGGAUCCCUUGGCGAUCCAGGCUGAUGUGCACUGGACACACAUCCGUGAGAGAGAGGCGGAGGAGAGGAUGCUCCCAACCUCUGAGUCCUCCACUUCUAGAGCCCCUCUGGAUGAGAAUGACCUAGAAGAGGACGUGGACUCUGAGCCCGCCGAGACGGAAGGGGAAGCUGCAGAGGAUGGGGACCCUGGAGACACUGGUGCUGAACUGGAUGAUCAGCACUGGUCUGAUGACAUCCCUUCCGACGCCGAAUCAGAACUCCGCUUACAACGUCAGGCCAAGGUGAAAGCCGAGCUGGAGCUGAGAGUGUCAGAGACCAAGGAGGAGAAGCCUCCUGCUACACCAAAGCCAGAGGAGAGAGGUGCUUCCCAGGUCUCCAGCCCCAGCCAGUCACCUCAGAAACAAGAUGUUCUGUUCUCCCCAGCCCACAGCCCUGGGGAAGAGGGGGCCCAGGCCCCUCUUGUCUCUGUCGCCACCAAGACAAAGUCCCCCGAGGAGCCCCUCCUCCCUGCACCUCUACUCCCCAGGGAAAAGCCCAAAGCUGAAGCCCCCACAGAUGAGAAAACUGCUCACUCGCCCAUCCGAUCACAGCCCGUGGCCCUGCCAGAAGCCAGGACACCUACCUCACCCACCAGCUUACAGCCAGAGUCUCUGCUGGGCCCUCCGACACCUCCCUCCACCCAGCCCCCCAUCUGUUCCCAACCUCAGCCUUCCUCCGAUGCCUCCAUACCGUCACCCACCGAGUCCCCCAUACGCUUUCAGCCGGUUCCAGCCAAAACAUCCACACCCCUGACCCCACUCCCUGUGAAGAGCCAAGGAGACCCCAAAGACAGACUAAGUGGCCCUCUGGCUGUGGAGGAGGCCCUGAAGCGGAGUGAUCUGGUGGAGGAGUUCUGGAUGAAGAGCGCCGAGAUCCGCCGCAGCCUGGGCCUCACCCCUGUGGACCGGAGCAAGGCGUCAGAGCCCAGCCUCCCCUCACCCCCCUUUAAGCCAGUAUCCCUAAAGUCCUACUCCGUUGACAAGGCCCCUCAGGAAGAGGAUCUCUGCCUUCUGAAACCUCCACCUGUUCCCAAAAGGUUGGGCCUGCCAAAGUCAGCUGGUGACCAGCCCCCACUGCUGACCCCAAAGUCGCCCUCUGACAAGGAGCUGAGGAGCAACCGGGAGGAGCGUAGGGACCUCUCCAGCAGCUCAGGCCUGGGCCUCCAUGGCAGCUCCUCCAACAUGAAGACCUUGGGCAGCCAGAGCUUCAACACCUCGGACUCCACCAUGCUCACCCCGCCUUCUAGCCCACCCCCACCCCCACCUCCCAAUGAGGAGCCUGCAACCCUGCGCAGGAAGCCCCAUCAGACUUUUGAGCACAGGGAGGCCUCGAUUAUCCCCCCUCCCCUUCCUGCCUCAUUCAUGCGGCCCCCAAGGGAGCCCACCCAGCCCCCCAGAGAGGAGGUUCGGAAGUCCUUUGUGGAGAGCGUGGAUGAGAUCCCCUUUGCUGAUGAUGUGGAGGACACUUACGAUGAUAAGACUGAGGACUCGAGUCUGCAGGAGAAGUUCUUCACACCCCCUUCCUGCUGGUCCCGGUCGGAGAAGCUCCCGGCCAAGGAGAAUGGGCGGCUCCCUCCCCUGGACCGUGAUGUGCAGCCACAGAAAAGGGGACUGCCUCUGGUCUCCGCAGAAGCCAAGGAGCUGGCCGAGGAGCGCAUGCGAGCCCGGGAGAAGUCUGUGAAGAGCCAAGCACUUCGAGAUGCCAUGGCCAAACAGCUGAGCAGGAUGCAGGCCAUGGAGAUGGCAGCCUCCAGGUCCCGCACAGCGCCAUCCCAGGGCAAGGAACUGGAGUCCGCCAAGCGCUCAGGCCUCCGAGCCUCCCAGGAGCCCACUGUGAAGCAUGAAGCUACUAGUGAGGAGAUCCUCUCCCCUCCGUCAGACUCAGGGGGCCCUGAUGGCUCUGUCACCUCAUCUGAGGGCUCUAGUGGGAAGAGCAAGAAGAGGUCAUCCCUCUUCUCCCCGCGCAGGAACAAGAAAGAGAAGAAAUCCAAAGGAGAAGGCCGACUCCCGGAGAAACCCAGCCUGGGCCUCCCCGAGGAAGGGGCUGCUAAGCCCAAGUCCCUGUGGAAGGCGGUCUUUUCUGGAUACAAGAAGGACAAAAAGAAGAAGGGCCAUGAGAGGUCCUGCCCCAGCACCCCGUCCAGCGGGGCCACAGUGGACUCCGGCCAGCGCCGGGCAUCUCCGAUCGUGAGAACAGAGCUCCAGCUCCGGCGCCAGCUGAGUUUCUCAGAGGACUCAGACCUGUCCAGUGACGACAUCCUUGAAAGGUCUUCCCAGAAGUCCAAGCGAGAGCCCAGAACCUACACAGAGGAGGAGCUGAGUGCCAAGCUGACUCGGCGUGUGCAGAAGGCAGCGCGGAGACAGGCCAAGCAGGAGGAGCUGAAGCGAUUACACCGAGCCCAGAUCAUCCAGCGGCAGCUGGAGCAGGUGGAGGAGAAGCAGCGGCAGCUGGAAGAGAGGGGCGUCGCCGUGGAGAAGGCUCUGCGAGGAGAAGCAGGCAUGGGCAAAAAAGAUGACCCCAAGCUGAUGCAGGAGUGGUUCAAGCUGGUGCAGGAGAAAAACGCCAUGGUGCGCUACGAGUCGGAGCUGAUGAUUUUUGCCCGGGAGCUGGAGCUGGAAGACCGCCAGAGCCGGCUGCAGCAAGAGCUGCGGGAGCGCAUGGCCGUGGAAGAUCACCUGAAGACGGAGGAGGAGCUGUCAGAGGAGAAGAAGAUCCUGAACGAGAUGCUGGAGGUGGUGGAGCAGAGGGACUCGCUGGUGGUCCUGCUGGAAGAGCAGCGGUUACGGGAGAAGGAGGAGGACAAGGACCUGGAGGCCGCAAUGCUGUGCAAGGGCUUCAGCCUGGACUGGUCCUGAGCCUGGCUACCGUGUUCGUUGAUUGGCACCCACCUGACCCGGCUGCGUUCUCCCAAACCACCGGAUCCAGGUUCAGAAGAGGCCUGGCAUCCCUGGCAGGCAGCACACAGACACCUGUGCUGUGGGAAAACCCCAGGUGAGGGUUAUCAUCCGAGGUGACUCCAUCACCUGGGAAAGGCCACUCGGACUUCCCAUUCAGGAGGGAGGAGAAGGGUGUGUUUGAGGUGUGCCCCGGGGGAAUCUCCUGCGGGUCCCUGAGGGCUUGCUGCCUGGCACCGCUCCUUCCUUCUGCUGGUAAGAGAGGGAAGUGGCUCCUCUUCAGAACCACAGCCACCACAGAGCACCUGAAGAGCAGAGCAGUCACUGCCCUGAUGCUCCCCGAAGCACCACCAAAGAAGGUCCAGCGGUGUCUACGGAAAGGGCUGUGGAUGGAGGAGAUCAGCGGGGAGCGGCACCCAUGGGGGUGAUGCCUACCCUACCGCUGCAGGGGAAGCCAGACAGCAGGCAGGUUCAUUAUGCAAGUUAGAAGGGCGCAGGAGGGGUCUGUCCCCAGCCCCACCACACACUGGAUUCCCAGUGGCCAAGGGCCCCAGGCCUCUCGCAUGGGCGGUGGCCUGAGGCCCAUGGAUUGCUGUGUUUUGCUUUUAGUUCACAACCGUUUUGACACUGGAAAGUAUUGACUUUGGGAGAGCGCUGAGGGAAGCCCUACAUGCCGGCCUCCCCUCCCCCCAUUGACAGACAGGCGCCAUCCCUGGUCAGCACCCACAUCAGUACCGGAGAUGGCCCCCCCUGGCAUUUCCCUGUGUUUGCACAUUGAGACAGGACUGAUAACCUGGCCAGACACUCAGCCAUGUCGGACCCUUUUUGUCAAUUAACUUAUUUUUUUAAUACUUGAAAGUAAGCAACUUCAUUUUUAUACCUUUACUAAAGACACUGAUUGCCUGUCACCUGCGUGUAGGAGUGACCGGGAGGUCUUUGUAUAUCCCAUGCAGCCUGAUGCAAAACUGACCUGAUUCUUGUUACAUGCAUCUAUUUAUUAGCCUUCUUAAUAGUGUUACUGACCUGGUUGGCACCAGGGAGCAGCUCAAAGCCCUGUGGGUCCUUGCUCACAGCUUUUCUGUCCCCUCCUCCACCCAGCACCCUGUCCCUGCUGGCACUGGACUUCUACAAGAGAACUGCCUCUCUCUGAGGGUGCAUUCGGCACCAGGUGGCCAGGCCUCAAGACAGACAGGCUGCUGUGGGCUAUGCUGUUUGGAUCGUGGCACUGUGGAACCCACUUUGUCCAGUUUUGCUGCCCAGGUUUUACCUCCUGUACAUACGUUAACGGUUGAGGGUAGCCCCUCUUCACUCUUGCUGGGACCAAGUCAAGUGUGACCUUGUCCUUGGACUGGCAGAUGACAGUGCCCUGGUCCAGCUAGACUGGAGAGUGUGUGUUGGUCUCCCCUUAACACACUGGCCACUCCAGUCUUCCCUGCCUGCACUAGGAUUUUCUUGGCCUGGCAAGAGCCAAUAAGCACCGUGUAACCAGCUCCAUAAGCCAAGCUGUUCAUUUCUUGUGGUUCACCCAGAGACCGGUGAUGGGGGCCAGGGUGCUUCUCUCAAAACAGCAGCACAUGGACCAGGGCAUUGGUGCCACACCAAUCUGGAAAAGGGCAUGCCAGCUGGGCCUGGUGGGAGGGGCUGGUGCAGAAAACAUGUCGUCUCUGGCAGCCUUCAAGGCUCCUAAGGCCGCUUAGCCAACGGCCCACACUCACCCUGGACUUCCUGUGGGAACCGCAGUGUGCCUCAACUUGAACACCCAUCUAACUGCAGAGGAGCAGCUAGCUCACUCUUCACCUUGUGCAGAAGCUGCCAUCUCUCCUGUGGAAAUACAGAUGUGCUGCUAGCAACCACCACAGCUCUGAUGUCAUCACUUCCUGGUCUCCACCACGGCAGUACUGCUAUUUUUAUUCUCUGUCUGAAACGGGGAGAGGAGGAUGUUCUGGAUUCCACUUUUCAACCACAUUCUGCCAAUCAGACUGGACUUUGGACAGGACGUUUAUCGCCUGUGUGGCCUUCUCCUUAACUCUGUCUGCCUCCCCAGUGCCAGUGGCAAUCCCGGGAAGGCCAGCCCUGUCAUUCCUGCUAACCCAGAAGAAGGAAACCAUUUCCAGAGUGACUCAAGAAGGAUGCAGGGGCAUGCUGCGCCCCCAGUGGCCUCACAGAGCACCAGGUGUUCCCUCCCACCUCUGUCCUGGUCAGCCAUGAUCUUGUUGAUCUUUCCAAAGCACACGCUGCUUCCUGCAGUCACCAGAAGCAGGGCAGAAAUCCACCAGCCUGGGAGACAUCCCCCAGCUCUCCAGCCGUGACAGCAUGAGGAUGUGGGGUUUUCGUAGAGCACUUUUUUUCUGGCUCCCAGUUUUUAACCACUAGUUUGCAGUUGAUUUCAGUGGUCUGGGGACAUGUGUUCUCCACCUCUGGAAAUGCAUGCAGGUCUAGUCAGAUGUUCUUCCCAGGGACUAUGUCUUCACUUGAAGGCAGGGAAGAGAGGGAUAGAUACACACUUCAUACGUACAUAAGAUGCUAGAGCGCAUUUGAGUAAGCCCAAACUCAAGGCUACGUACAUUGAGGCACCAGGCUCUACCCCUGAAGGGCAAGCAGAAGGUAGCUCCCUGCUCCCCAGUAAGAGCUGGGUCAAAACCCCAGGUUCUAGCCCAGCUCAGUUGAUAUCUUUGGGCAUUUCCCCCCAGCAGCCAUCCUUAAGAUAAUUUUGACCAGCAACUUUAAAGGAUAAGACAUUUUUCACUAGGACAGGAGAGGAAAUGAGUUGGAGCGGGAGUGACAAGUAUCAGGGGCUGGAAUACAGCCCAGUGGUAGAGUGUGUGCUUAGCAUGCAUAAGGCCCACGGUUCAAUC